AACGCGCCGCGGCAGCCAUGUUGGAAGUGGUCAGCACAGGGGCCGGCACCAGAGGGUUAUGGAAGCAGCUGUCACGAUGCUGGGGUCCCUGGUGUCGAAGAGAACAGCGCCGGCGCCGCGGCUCCUUCUCCAGCUGCUUAGGUCCCCAUCGCUCCGGAGCCACGAAAGUGCCAUUGGCCAGAGUGUGACCACCGGGGGUCGCGGGGAGCCUCAGUGGCUGAGGGCGGCCGUCGGGGGGCGCCAUGGAACGUCGCCGGCCCUACUCACCGGAGGAGGGGCAGCCACUGGAGGGCGCCAGAGAGGACGUACCGAGACCCCCUGCCUUGCAGCUGCCACGUGGGGACGUCUUCCUAGCCCCGAGGACACACUGCCUGGGCAGGACAGCUGGAAUGGAGUCCUCAGCAGAGCCGGCUUGGGCGUGUGGGCCCUGGCCACGGCGCUGGUGGUUCAUUGUUACAGCAAGAGCCCGUCCAGCAAGGAUGCAGCCCUGAUGGAAGCUGCUCGAGCCAACAAUGUCCAGGAAGUCAGCAGACUCUUGUCGGAAGGUGCAGAUGUCAAUGCAAGGCACAGACUUGGCUGGACAGCACUAAUGGUGGCAGCCAUCAACCGAAACAACAGUGUGGUGCAGGUCCUGCUUGCCGCUGGUGCUGACCCAAACCUUGGGGACGAUUUUAGCAGUGUAUACAAGACCGCCAAGGAUCAGGGAAUCCAUUCUUUAGAAGAUGGGGGACAGGACGAUGCAAGCUGGCACAUCAUAAACCAGUGGACAAGUGCCCUGGAGUUCAGGAGAUGGCUAGGAGUCCCCACUGGCGUCCUGGUCACGCGAGAGGAUGACUUCAACAACCGGCUGAACAACCGCGCCAGCUUCAAGGGUUGCACAGCCCUACACUACGCUGUCCUCGCUGAUGACUACCGGACCGUCAAGGAGCUGCUUGAUGGAGGAGCCAAUCCCUUGCAGAGGAAUGAAAUGGGACACACACCCUUGGAUUAUGCUCGAGAAGGGGAGGUGAUGAAGCUUUUAAGGACUUCUGAGACCAAGUACCAAGAGAAGCAGCGGAAGCGGGAGGCCGAGGAGCGGCGCCGCUUUCCCCUGGAGCAGCGGCUGAAGGAGCACAUCAUUGGCCAGGAGAGCGCCAUUGCCACAGUGGGCGCAGCGAUCCGGAGGAAGGAGAAUGGCUGGUACGACGAAGAACACCCCCUGGUCUUCCUCUUCUUGGGAUCAUCUGGAAUAGGAAAAACAGAACUGGCCAAGCAGACAGCUAAAUAUAUGCACAAAGAUGCCAAAAAGGGUUUCAUCAGGCUAGACAUGUCUGAGUUCCAGGAGCGGCAUGAGGUGGCCAAGUUCAUCGGGUCCCCACCAGGCUACAUUGGCCACGAGGAGGGUGGCCAGCUGACCAAGAAGCUGAAGCAGUGCCCGAACGCCGUGGUGCUCUUUGAUGAGGUAGACAAAGCCCACCCAGAUGUGCUCACCAUCAUGCUGCAGCUGUUUGAUGAGGGCCGGCUGACAGAUGGAAAAGGCAAGACCAUCGACUGCAAGGAUGCCAUCUUCAUCAUGACCUCGAACGUGGCCAGCGACGAGAUAGCACAGCAUGCGCUGCAGCUCAGGCAGGAAGCUUUGGAGAUGAGCCGUAACCGGAUCGCCGAGAACCUUGGGGACGUCCAGAUCAGUGACAAGAUCACCAUCUCAAAGAACUUCAAGGAAAACGUGAUUCGCCCCAUCCUAAAAGCUCACUUCCGGAGAGAUGAGUUUCUGGGACGAAUCAAUGAGAUCGUCUACUUCCUCCCCUUUUGCCACUCGGAGCUCAUCCAACUCGUCAACAAGGAGUUGAAUUUCUGGGCCAAGAGAGCCAAGCAAAGGCACAACAUCACUCUGCUCUGGGACCGCGAGGUGGCGGACGUGUUGGUCGAAGGCUACAACGUGCACUAUGGCGCCCGCUCCAUCAAGCAUGAGGUGGAGCGCCGAGUGGUGAACCAGCUGGCGGCUGCCUAUGAGCAGGACCUGCUGCCGGGGGGCUGCACCCUGCGCAUCACUGUGGAGGACUCAGACAAGCAGCUGCUCAAGAGUCCUGAACUGCCCUCAUCCCAGGCCGAGAGGCGUCCCCCAAAGCUGCGGCUGGAGAUCAUCGAUAAGGACAGCAAGACCCACAAAUUGGACAUCCAGGCACCACUCCACCCUGAGAAGGUGUGCCACACCCUCUAGCGUCUACCUACCUGCCCAUACGUGCCCUCAACACCUAAUAAAGCCCCCUUGGCUGUGGCAUGGUGACCGACCUACCUUCCCCUCCUGCUUCUCACCCCUCUGCAUCUAGCCUAAGGCCUGUUACCUCCUCACAGCCCCUGGAAGAUGCCUUCCCAGCCCCACCCUAGCCCCUUCGUUGUGGGGCCCACAUGUGCUCCUAGGUCUCUGGGAGGGGAGCUGCUCCUGUGUCUGCUUUACGGCAGGGAGAAGAGGGAGGUCCCUCAUCUCUGUCCUUCAGCGUGAUCCUCAUGUCCCAGAGCCUCUGGAACUUUAUCAUGUUUUCUGGAAGCUCAGAAGUAUGGCAGCUGAGAACAGACCUGGCUGGAAGAAGACAGGGACCAGGCUGUGACCUGCUACCCUCUGCUGGCUCUCAUGCUACUGAGUCCCCAGAAUGUCUCCACAGGGAGCAGAGAAGUCAGAGGCCCAGACACAGAGCUUCUGCAUUUAAGCCAUUGCUUCCUCUUUCCCAUGCCCUAGAAUUCCAAGGGGAAGGGACUCUCGGAACCCUUCCCCCUUCCACAGCCGUGUCGUAGCUACUAUUCCUCCCUGCCCCAUGUUCAGGGGUCAGACCAGACCACGUCUCUCCAGCCUUGGAACUAGGCCAGCAUAGGGCAUCUUUAGGAAGAAGGCUGGGUACUACCCUACCCUACACGGGGCCUGGACAGAAGCACCAAAUGACCAAGCAAGCUUAACUCUGUGGGGCCUCUUGCAGGAGACCAACAACAUAGACAAUGGAGAACUGUAGGGGGAGGGAUCCUUGGGUUGGGCUGUACCCAGAUGGCCAUGGAGUCUGCCUCAGCCCUGUCUAUACCAUGGUCCUAGCUAAGUGAACAUGGGAUAGAUAGCUCCCUCAUGCAGUCUGCAUGUUAGUCACUAAGCAGAGGACUGCACACCAUCCCCCAAGGCUUUCCACACACCAGGCGUGUUCGGCCUCAGCUUAAUUAGCAGGGCAGAGCAAGGCUUGGUACGUACAUCCUUGGGAACCAUCUGCAGUAGCCACCAUUGAGGACCAUGCCAUCAGCCUCCCCUGAAGGGCCACUUUGGAAACCCUCCUUUGGUGUCAGAAAGUCUCUUCCAGGAAGCAGAAAAUGGGGACAGGAGUCACAGUCCCCUGGGUGGUGGAGGAAUGUCAUGACACGGCGGGUGGGGGCAGCUGGAGCCGGACAUGGGCUCCAGCAGGUGCUGCAACAGGCACCAUCCAGCCCCUCAAGGAGCUGUCUGCCGCUUUGUACCUCAGUGACUGCCACUCUUUGUUUAUUUAUUAGUAGCAGGUUUUUUUGUUGUUGUUAUUGUUUUACUUCUUGUUCUGAAAUAAUUUUAGACUUAUAGGAAAUUACCACACAAUAGUAGAAUUCCAUGCACCCUUCACCAACUUCACCAACCAUCUGUUAAAAAUUAUUAAAUUAUAAUUAUUAAAACCAGGAAAUUAACAUGAUAUGGUACUACUAGCUAAUCUCUAGGCACUCAGAUUUUGCCGUUUUUCCCACUGAUGUCCUUUCCUGGUCCAGAAUCCAGUCGAGGAUCCCGUGUUGCGUCUUGUUGCGUUUCCUUUAUCUCCUUCAACCUGUGACAGUUCCUCCAUCCUUCUUUGCGUUUUAUGACCUUGACACUUUUGAAACCUCCAGGUCAGUUAAAUUUGUAGAGUGUCCCUUAAUCUGGGUUUGUCUGCUGUUUUCACAUGCUAGAUUGAGGGUCUCCAUUUUGGGCAAGACUAGCCCUCAAGUGAUGCUGUGCCCAUCCUUAUAACUCAGAGCAGGUGAUACAUGCUGAGGUUGUGUAUACCAGUUCUCCACUGUAAGAUUACUAAUUUUCCCUUUGAAAUGAAUAAGAAUCUCAUGGAAAGAUAGAAACUGUACAGAUGUCUUAUUUAUGCAUAGAAUUUUGCCCAUUGAUUUUAGCAUCCAUCAUGUAAAUGUGAACGCGUUAGUCACUCAGUCAUGUCCGACUCUUUGUGACCCCAUGGACUAUAGCCCGCCAGGCUCCUAUGUCCUUGGGAUUCUCCAAGCAAGAAUACUGGAGUGGGUUGCCAUUUCCUUCUCCAGGGGAUCUUCCCAACCAGCUCUUGCUUUUAACAAACAUUAAUAUUAUAUUUGCCUAAUGAUGACAUUGUUUUCUUAUUCCAUCUAUAUGUAUUAAUUGGUAUUCUUCUGUAAGGAACAGCUGUCUCUUUUCUCUCAUUUAUUUAUUCAAUAAUUUACCUAUAAGUAAAAACUAAUGGAUACUUGUUUUAGUCUAUGGGUUGUAGCCUACUAAUAGUACUAAUAGAGUUUAUUUCAUUGCUUGUAGAUUUGGCCAUUGGGAGCUCUUGAGUUGGCUCCUGUGUUGUUUCAAUGUUGCCCCAUCGUUUUUUUAGUAUUACCUUAUUUUCUGGUACCACAAGGUGUUCCAAGGUUACUUACACUUUUCUUGUCCCAGCCCUGACUUCAGCCAUGUCUCUAAGCAACUCCUGAUGCCUUUUAUUUGAGAAUGGUACUUAGAAACCAAGGUGGUAUAUUCAUUGCUCCUGGAGUAUCAUUGCUUCUAGGCAUUUUCAGCACACAAAGCUAGGAAAUGAAUAUAUGUGUAUAGUUAAUACAUGUGUCACACACAGCUGAAUUUAUUACUAAUCUAUCCAUCUGUAUAUUAUUAAAAACCAUGAGUCCAUAUUGAUGCCCACAAGUCUAACCCCAUACCACAGGGCUUGCUGUUAUUAUUAACACUUUACGAUUCAUUCUCGGCUUCUUCCUCUCCUGCUAUCUCUGUUUCUUCUCUCAUUCUGUUUUCUGUUCAGACUCCCAUAGAGGCUCUAAUUAAGUCAGCCAGUGACCAUCCCAUGUGGAGCACUCCUGUUGGAUAAAGUUCUUAUGCCCAGCUGUCAGUCUCUUGGUUCAGUCAGCUGUGGCCAGGACCAGCAGACAUACAACUGAAAACCAGAUAGCUUUUAUACAGGAAAACCCAAUGACUACCUUUCUGAGAAGAGAAUAAGGGACAGAGUAGACCUCCGAUUCUGAGAAGCUUGAGUAUCACUUCUAGAGACUCAGCUAGGCCUUGUAGGUGAUGUUGGACCCCUGCCUUAUACUUUCACAGCAUCCUCGACAGGACUUAGCUCAGUUGCAUUACUCGUUCUGUGUUUGCCUUUGUCAUUAGAGUGUAAGAUCCACAAGGGCAGAUACCCAGUUCUACUCACUGUCCUGUUCAUAGAAGCUGGCACAGAGCCUUCACAUGAUGGCUGCUCCAGGUGUUUGGAUGGAUGGGUAGGCCCUGCAGCAAGCACGGAUCUUCACAGCGAGGCCCAGGACACAACAGUAUCCUAUGUUCAUGGAGCGAACAUUUGUCAUGUGCUUGUGGCCAGGCAGCAGAACUUGAGAGGAUAGGGCAAAGUAAGACCCCAGACACCUUACUGAGUGUUUAGAAAUACAUGAGGCUGGACUUGGAAGUAAAAUACCUUCAUUGUUCAAAAGGAAAAAUUCAAAGGUGCUUAGUGAUUGUUUUAGGAAUUUAGAAAAAAAAAACAAACAAACAUUUAAACCAUAGGAGAAAAGAUGAAACCUGAAGUUAAGUAGAAAUGCAAAAAAAAAAAAAAAAAAAGGAUAAGUAGAAAAUGAUUCUUUUUGAAAACACCAAUAAAAUAGAUUUUCUCAGUCUGAUAAAGGGGAAAAGUGGAGGGGGACGAGAUCAGACAUAAUCAUAUAUAUGGAAGAGUUCUAAAUAAUUUUAGGGUAAGUCUGUGGCCACAAUUUGGAAAACAGAGCAGAUCAUUUCCUAGCAAAUACUGACCCAAGAUAUAGUUUGAAUAAGCCAAUUAAUUACCAAAAGAAGAAAUUGGAAAAGUGAUUGCAAUUUUACCCUUUUAAAAGAUUCCUCUUUGAACUUUUUAUUUAAAAUUUAUAUGGAAAAGUAUACAAAUCACAGUUACGCAAUUCAAUGAAUUAUCACAAAGUUAAUAACACUGUAGCCAUCACCCAACCCAAAAAAUAGAUCAGUGUGAUUUUUAAUUACUAUAUAAACUGCUUCAGAUCAUUGGAAAAGAUUAAAAGAUGCUCAGUUGAUUUUUAAAGUGCAGUGUAGUAUUAAUACUCAAACCCAAUAAACUGCCAAAAAAGAAUGCCAUAGUGUAAUCUCAUCUAUGACUAUAGGUGCAAAAAUUCCAAAUAAAGUUAAGUUGAACUUUAUAACAUUAUUACAUAAGGUUUUUUUUUAACAUUAUAAACAUUAUUAACAUUAUUAUAACAUUAUUACAUAAGGUAAUACAGGCUUCUAUAUCAGGAAAUAUUACUAAUAUAUUAAUCUCAAGAACAUGAAUAUUAUUUAAAUGCCUGUAGAUUAACAUUUUUUUAUUUUGAUAAUAUUUCUUAUGAAGAUAUCCAUGUUUUUAGAAAAUAUACAUUGAAAUAUUUAAAGAUAAAGACAAUUGGCAAAUGUUUCAAGAAACUAAAUUAUACACAUACACAUGCACGUAUGUAUGUACACAAGUGUGUGUGCUAAGUCGUUCAGUCGUGUUCAACUCUUUGUGACCCCCUGCCAGGCUCCUCCAUCCAUGGAAUUUUCUAGGCAAGAAUACUAGAAUGGGUUGCCAUUCCCUUCACCAGGGGAUCUUCCUGACCCAAGGAUCAAACCCGAGUCUCCUGCAUGGGCAGCCAGAUUCUUUACCACAGAGCCACCUACACUCAUAAAAAAAUACAGAGUGAUUAAACACAAGUAUUCUCACUGAGGAAAUCUGAGAGAAGGGUAUACAGGAAUUCUUUGUAUUGUUUCUGCAGCUUUUCUAUAAGUCUAAAAUUAUUUCAGAAUGAAAUUUUUUAAAUGAAAAACAUUUUAUCAGUAUGUACUGAAAAAGCAUUUGACAGAAUUUUACAGCUUUAAGUAUGAUUUGAUAAACCUCCAAGUAAAAGGAAAAGAAACUGUUCAUCAAAAACCAAUAGUAAAUAUUAAAGUCUGAAAAAAGAGUCAACAUUGAUUUGAAAAUUCAGUUGAAAAUAAUUAGGCAAUAAAAGUGAAUAAUUGGUAUAUGUAUAGGAAAAUAAUAAAUUGUUCUGCUGAUAUGUGACUGUGUGUUUAGGAAAUCUAAGAGGCUCUAAGUAAAACCUAUUAGCAUUAAUGUGGAAAUUUGGUAAGUGUCUGAAUAAAAGAUAAAUGUACAAAAAUCAA